GUGAACGUAAAGGCCGUACAUUGACCCCCAUAAUUUGUCGAUGUGAAAUUUAUUGUGCUGACGAUCAAACAGCCUCAUGGGAUCAUAGUAAAGAUAUCAAUAAGGAACAAGAACACUCUGUGUAUAAUCAAUUCACCUUUAACAUGUCGUCAAUUGACGCCAAACUGGCCUCGCCUCAAGACCUUGCGAAAAUGACCAAAGCGCAAAAGUCACGGCUAGAAGAACAUUUCAAAGAGAACAGAAACCCGACCUCUUGUGAACUGAUGCUUAUUGCUGCAGAGGUUGGCAUCGUUGAGGAAAAUGCUAAGAUAUGGUUCGAGCACAGACUAGCUCUAUGGAGGAAACAACAAGGUUUAAGUCCUAAUAAAGGUUCCAUCAGCGAUUAAGGUGCACAACGUAGAACUAUUUUAAACACGUGUGCGCAUGACGUCACUUUAUAAAACAAGAUUCGAUUCUGCUUAAAUGGCCAUGGAUUUAAGAAAUUUGUUUGCUGCAGAUACAGCAUACAUGUUUAUACAAUUGUAUUUAAAUUUUUAAAUAUAUAUUCAGGCACUUUUUGGCUAGAAAGGUAGAGGUGAAAUGGUGAAAUUCCCAGUGAUGCUAUAAUGAUACAAUAAUUGUAAAGGGUGGGCGAAAUGUCCAUAUUAUUAUUUGGAGAUGACUUUUGUAAUAAUGCAUAUAUUUUAAAAAGAUUGAUAGAGCGCGGGGACCAAAUCUGCAAUUGUUUCUGAAUGGUAUAAAUGGAUCUUGUCAUAAAAUAUUUUAACUGUUCUCGCCAAAUUUUUCCUGAAAGGUAAUUGUUCCAAUUUUGAAAACAUUUAAACAGCAACUUGAUGUAGUUUCUCUAGAAAAAAUAGUCUUGAAAAUCCAUGUUUAAAUUAAAAGGUACAGCAAAAAAUAUAUACCAGUAUAUAUGAAUGUUUUUGAUAAACCCUGUGCAUUGUGU